AUGACCGAGCCUAGGAAGUUUGCAUUCAAGAAAUCUGCGCUAGCCGAUAAAGCAGAUAAAAUUUGGUCGGAGAGUAAGUUUUUUCUUUGGGAAUCUUGGGUUUUUCAAUGGUUAUAAAAUAUUUUAUGUUUUCCAGGUAAAAACGAUUUUUCGGCAUCAAAACCAGUUGUGAAUCACGUGCAAUUGGAGAAGAAAUCAUUAGGUGAUGUUCUCGGAAAAAUAUCCGCUCAAAAACCAAAAGACAAUGAAGAAAACCCUCAACAAUCGCAAGGACAAUCAGGAGAAGCAUUUGUAUUCGGUUCAAAAAUAAGUGAACGAGUUGUGAAAUGCGAAAACAAAGAGGAAAACAAUGGAAGCACUUCGCUGACAGCCACCGAACUUUUCAAAACUGCCGUGAAAAAAGACGAGGAAAAAGAGACGAAUGGAAAUGCGGUGAACAAUUUCCGAGAGCAAGCUGUUCAAGAAGCCGAGCGAGCAAAAGAAGCUGAAAAACAACACGCAAGCACGUCUGUAGUAGAAGUGACAACUGGCGAAGAAUCUGAUAGCAAUAUAUUUCAAGCUUCUUGUAAGAUUUGGGUUUUUGACAAGGAAAGAAGAGAGUAUACGGAAAAAGGAGUUUGCACGUUGAGAAUCAAUCAAAGUUGUGAAAAUGGACAAACUCAUCAUAGAAUAGUUGCAAGAACUUCUGGAACAUUGCGAGUUGUUAUUAAUUCGAAAAUCUUCUCUGGGAUGUUAUUAGAAAGACCAGAUCGUCGGAUAAGAGUAAGACAUUUUCAUUUUCAAUCAGGAUUUUUAAUCGAAACUUUUCUAGAUAUCUGCAAUGACCCCUGAAGCAAGUGGCGUACAAAUUUUCCUCUUGAAGUUCGGAUUUUCAAAGGCUGAUACUGGAGCGGAAGCCGAUCAAUUCUUCAACAAAAUGACCGAUCUUUUGAAAUCCGAAACAAAUGAUCAAACAAGGAAACGAAAAGCGGAUUGUGAUUUGAAUGCCGAAAGAAUCAAAAUUAAAGAAGAUGAGGCUCAAGAGCAAGAACAGUCUGAAAAAGAGCCGGAAACCUCAGAAGUUUGA